AAUGGCAUUGCCCCCCCAUGAUACACUAGAUUACGUGAACAGAGACAACAGAUGCACUCCCCUCUUUGGUGGAGGAACGGGCCUCACAUCCCAGUAGAACUGCUCGCAUUGCAGCUCCGCCCAGCAGCCCACUACCCCACAGUGGUUUCCAUUGAGAGUGGUCCCGAUAGCUAUCACAUCAUGGCUUGGAAGUCAGAGCUCAGUUUCUCCGAACGGCUGGCGGUAAUAACGUCUAUAACCAAUGCUUGUCGCCGUGCCUCGCCAUCAACCGAAUUUGCCAUGGCUCAUUCGGAGGCGACUAGAAUCGAAGGGGAAGCCUACGCAAAUGCUUCCUCAAAGGAUGAGUACCAUGUCACAUGCCAGAAGGCAAUUGAUGGAUAUGACAAUCAAGAUGUGGCCCUUGGAGACGAAGAAAGUUUGACGGAAUGGUCCACCAGGGUAAAGGCAGAAAUUGAGUCGAGGCGAGGUGAGAAAGUCGGGCUUUAUGAGAAGGCCGUCCAUGACAAAGAUGGGCUGUUUUCUAGCAUUUAUAAAAGCACGACCAGUGAAGGUCUGCUCGUGGCCCUCAAGGUCACGACUCCUCAUCUCACCGAGCCACCACAUGACUCAGAGCGCGAAGCCAGACUCUUGAAGCAGGUGUCAAGCGAGACUAUCAUCCCGCUGCUGGAGUCCUUCCACGAGGGAGGGAGCCACUUUGUCUUGGUUUUCCCAUACAUGAGAUACCAGCUUGAUGAGCUGUUUCAUGGGAAUCAACUCACACCACGGCAGAUUCGAUCUCAUCUCAGGGACCUGUUUCGUGCUUUGGCACAUAUUCACUCAAUGGGUAUCAUCCAUCGCGAUGUCAAACCGUCAAACGUGCUCCUGCGAGGCUUGGGGGGACCUGCUUACCUGGCAGACUUUGGAAUUGCAUGGUCGCCUGACGACAAGUCUUCAGAGGCGCCUGAUGAGAAGAUAACGGACGUCGGCACCACGUGCUAUCGUCCUCCUGAGAUCCUGUUCGGAAAUAAGACUUACGACACAAGCCUGGAUAUGUGGGCUGCGGGCUGUGUCGUUGCGGAGGCGAUCGAGCCAGAUCACCCUCAGCUAUUCGAUGCCGGGCCUGUGGGCAGCGAACUUGCAUUAGUGCACUCAAUUUUCACUACUUUGGGAACUCCUACCGCGGAGUCGUGGCCGUCGAGAAAGAAUAUGCCGGACUGGGGAAAGAUUGAAUUCCGGGAAUACUCACCGCGAACAUGGGAUAAGGUUCUGGGCAAGGCGCCUUCUCUUGGUCGAGAUUUGGUGGCAAAUCUGGUCAAAUACGAAGGCAGUGAGAGAUUGACCGCGGAAAAGGUACUUGAGGACCCUUUCCUCACUUUUUGAGAACUUCCAUCAGAAUGGCUGCAGACGAAAGAGCCUGUCAUUACUUCGUACUGCGUGGGAAAGAGAGAAGGGGAAAAAAAAAAAAAAGAAAAGAAAAG